UCGGCGAGCCAAAUUUACGUCCUAGUUAGUUCUCUCUCCUCCAAAUACUCUAUUCUAAUUAUAAAAAAACCCUAAUCCUAAAUUAUCUAAUGUUUAUGCUCACAGUUCUUGAUUUCACAUCGCUGUACAUCACGGUAAACUUUGUUUACUCUCGCUCUCUCUCUUUCUUCUCUGCAAUCUGUAUCCAUAUAUGAAUUUAUGUGUUUUUAGGCUCAUUAUUUUAGUACCAAAGCAAAUUGAUUUUAUGCGUCUGUUUACAAGUUAUAAGUUGUGGGAUUGUUUUUUAUUAUGUUAAAUUCAUCGGUUUCAGUUUUCUAUUUUGCAUUUUUGGUUUAAUGUUAUAGAACGCAGUUGGGGGAGUGAUUAUUAUUUAACUUGAAAGUAUUGGUGACGAUAUGCUUAAAUUCAAAUAUUUUAUUUAGUAGUUAAUUGAUUAAUUUUUCAAGUUCAGCUUCCAUCAUUUUAUAGCAUUUUCUCUUUUUCUUUUUCUGGAGUUCAUGUCGGGAUUAUACGCAUUAUAAUUCAUGCAGCUUCUCCAUGAAUUAGCGUGGCUUUCAAAAUGUAGGGUUGACAUGGAAAAGGUGCAGCUAUUCAAAUCAUGGACAAAAAUACAGGGGUAAUAGCGAAGGAUAAAUUUAUUUCUUUAUGAUGGGUAAAUUUUGUCAUAGAAAAGAUGGAUGAGAAUUGUAGAUAUUUUGGAGCGUAUACCCAAUGGAAAUGAAUGUAAAAUUAAAGAAAUAGCAUAUGUUAGGAGAAUAAAAGAGAAAUAUUCGGCUUUGUCUCUAUUCAGCUUCAACUCACUUAGUUGCUUUUCACUUGCACCAAUUAUAUAGGAAUAUUAAUGAAUUCUUCAUCUAGCUAUGCUUUAAGUAAUAUAAUAGAUUUAUUAGAAAUGUCAUGUGUGGUCGUAAGACCACUCAACUUGUCCUUUCUUGCUAGCAUCUCACUGUUAAUCUCUUUGAAUAGCAAACAAUAAAGAAUACUUAUUAGGUAACAGUGAACAUAGGUGAAAGAGAACUUUCCAUGACAAGGUCCAUGAGGAUUAAUGCGAUACGAAGAAGAAAUCUAAUCUGGCACUCUUUGUUCUGUUUUUUAACCUGAAUACUAUGCAGCUUAUGAUUAAUUGUUAAACAGAUAACCUACAUGCAAAUCCCAAAUAAAGACACUGGUGCACUCCAUAUUAUAGCAGCCAUCCAUUGUGGAAAAAGAAAAUAAUAGUAUCUGUGGGACCUCUCGUAGUUUGCGUUGGUUAUUAGGCCAGUGAGCAGUUAGUCUCUUAUCUUUUAUUGUUUUCCACUAGAACAACUGAAUUCAGCACCACUUCUUUCUGGACAAUCCAAAUUAGUUAAUAGAGGUAAUUGGCGGAGAAAACAGUUGUAGUUCACUGGUAGAUAAUCAGUCUGUUGUUCCUCUAUCUUCCCGUCCUGGUUUGAUGAGUAUUUCUCUUCUCCUUGAAGACCGAGAAGAAUUUUAAAACAAUGUUCAUGUCAUUUUCCAAAGUCAACGUUGUCUAUAAGUGUUCUUCACUCUGAUAAAAUAGGUUUUGAUUUUGGUUUGAAAAGUGUCACGCUUCUUUUCACUAGAACAUGGGUGAGUAUAGCUUUUCCUUUCCCCUUAUACAUUUUUGGCCUAGUUGUUAAUUUAUUGUGCAUUUUCAAUGUAGGCCCUGAUUGGAUGUAUCAGAAGCUUUCUAGUCAUUGCUUAAAAAGAGCUCUUAAAAUGAAAGCCAAGAACCAAUGAGGUUCCUCGAAGGCCCACCAGGUUUUCAGGGGGAGGGCCAGAAGUGGGUCCUUAUUGUGGGUGGUGCUUUGCUGAGUACACUAUCAAAUCGACUAGGUUAUAAGCUCAAGCAGGUUCUUGAUACUAAACAAACUAACAAUAGUGGCAACAGCUUAAGAGGAAGUGGAAAAUCCACUGACCGAAAAAGUCGAGGAGCCAGAUUUUUCCUUCAAAUGCAUAUUGUUUUUCCCACAACUAGGAUGGUUGCUACGAUCAUCAUCCAGGAACAUCUAUUGCAUCCACUUCAGUGUAGCUCUGUUAGCUGCACAGGAUGCUUUAAUGCUUUAUCAUUGACUUAUUAUCUGCUGGUUACUUACCUUGUACCACGUGAGUGGAGGAGGCUUUAAGAGAACGGUUGCGUUUUUUUUAUUCAUCAAUGUUCAGGUGUACAUUGUCAUUGUAGUCUAUUAAAGAGAAGUAGCUGGGACAACAGUUAAAGAGAAGAGAUGACAUGAUGCUGGAAUGCAGGAUCAGAUUGCAGAACUUCAGAACACUCUUGACAUUCAGCUUUUGCAUUCUUCCCAUCUGCAAUUGCUGCUGGAUGCUGCAAACAUGGAUCUGUUUGAUUCCGAAAGGGAAAUACAGAGAUUAAGAAAGGAAAUUGCAGAUCAUUGUGUGGGACAUAUUUGCCAAUCCCCCUGCAGUUCAUCUGUGGCCAGCCAAGGCAGAAGGGAGGAAUGGCCAUGCAAAUGGAUAUCCCAAGGUUGAAAGCAAUAUCAACUCUUCAGAAUAAGGGAGAGGAGAUUGGGAUAACAUUGAUCUGCUGAGAAGGGAAGUGAGUGAGUUAAAGGAAGCGAUAGACGGAAAAGAAUUCCUACUGCAGAGCUACAUGAAGCUAAAAGCCGAGCUGUCAAUGAAGAUCAGAGAUUGGAUUCUCAACUUCCAAACAUUUUGUAGACAGUUCUGGUACUUGUGUAUUCUUUUGUUUUCUCAUUUGAUUUGAAGUUCCAAAUUUUGAAAAGCCUCAUUUUAUUCCUUUUUUCAUUUUACUUGUUCAUAAAUGAAAGACAGGGAUGCAAUGUUCAUGAGUUUAGACUUUAGAGAUCAAGGGAAGCCACGGGUAAACACGACUUUGAGUGUGAAUAAACCGUGUUUAGUACUUCCAAUGCAAGAUAGUUUGGGCUCCAUUUUAGUGGAAAUUUGUUUUGGAAUAGUGAUUUUUUUU